CACUUGCCCUGUCUGGAUAUUGCUGGUUAGAUAAGGGCUGCAGAUAGCAAGUCACAGGGUAGGGGGUAUAAAUGGGAGAGGGGUUUGGUCCAAGCUCCAGAUCACUGGGGGGAAUAGAGAAGAGGGAGUCACCAGCAACUCCAGAGACAGAGAGAGAGAGAAGCCUCCAGCUUAUUCCAUCACCUGCUCACAAUGGAGAUGAAGCUCUAUGCCUUCUGCACCCUGCUCUGUGCCACCCUGCAGCUGCUCGCCUGCAAUGCCCACCCUAUAGCUAAUCCCGACACUGACAGGGAACUGGACUCCUUCAAGGAUGUUCUGGAGAGACUGGAGGAGAAGCUGUCCGCCAUUGAAGAUCUACAACAAUCCAACCCCAGUGUUCUGGAGACCCGAUCGGACGCCCAGGCGAUGACCCCAGAGGAGGCCCAGUUACCCGAGUCCAGGGGGCUCCCCAGCAAGUCUAUCUCCAUCAGUAACUCCAUCCUCAAAGGGCUGAGAUCCCUGCAGAGCCCCAAAAUGAUGAGGGGUUCAGGCUGCUUUGGCAGAAGGAUUGACAGGAUCGACUCCUUCAGUGGGAUGGGCUGCAAUGGAUCAAGAAGAUUUUGACACAACGGGACAGUGGAAGAAUCUUGAGGCCCCUACCUGUUGGCGACUCACCGGAGACAUUACUUUUUCUAUUUAUGGCGCUCCUGCGCAUAUUUAUUUAUUUAUAAGUAUUUAUUUCAUGUUUUAUAAAUGUCAUUUCUAACACGUUAUCAUAGUUCAUAAAUAAAUAUAUUACACACUUUC